CCACCAUCAAUUAAAUUUCUUUUUCAGGUUCCUUAAACAGUACAUAUUCUGUGUUUAUUUUUAAUCUUUUCUUUGUAAUAAUUUCUCAAUCAUUAUCUUCAAAAUGAUUUCGGAAGCUAGAAUUUCUCUCAAAAUUCUGAGAGCAACAAGGAGGCCAGUAUCAGCAUAUCUCUUGCACCCCAGAAAACCUUUGCUUCUUACCUCUAAAAAUUGUAUGUUUCACGCAUCCCAUUCUAUAGUUCUCAAUGAGUUGACUCGAGAAAUUGUUAAUAAAAAGCCCUUGUGUAGAACUAUUCUGCCGAUUAUGUGUAAGCAGAGCAUCAUGUAUCAAAAAUAUAGAAAUUUCUCCUCCUGGAACCCGCAAUCAAAUGCGGGAAGUAUAAAGAAAGAAAUCAGAAUUCUACUGAGUGAGCCUCAUUCAACCGAAGAAUUCGAGCCAUUUUCAGGCUACGUCCCCUUCUCUGAACAAAAGAAAGCUUCCUCACUUGUGCCUCGGUACUUGGUCAACAUUGCAGUUGAUCCCUACGUUCAGCAUGAUAGUAUACUAGAAAUAUUCCGACUAUAUGCUGUAAGCAUGAGGCCCUUAACUCAAGAUAAAAUUGAUUUUCCAGUAGAGUUCAAGUCCUUAUUGCCGGCAACAGAACAAGCAUUUAAGGUCAUGAGUUUACCAGAACUCUAUUCUAUGUCUCAGUACCUGCAAGCGUUGCGAGCCCAGAAACUAACGUUUAUCGACAACCUGAUCAGGUCGCUCUGUCAGGAAUGCUGCGCUCGACUGCAUCACAAGCCUAAGUUCGAAGAAGCAAUGAAGUUAUACGAGCUUGCCAUAGACGUGUACGCUCGUGCGUUGCCUCGAAACUACCACGAAAUAUUUAGUGAGUUUUUCGUCCAUAACGUCGAACGAGCUUCACUUAAGGAAAAAGUGAAGCUCAUGUACUUUUAUUGCUUAAAUCCUAAGCAAAUGUUUCCGCAUCUAUUCGAGGAGCUUCUGGAAGCGGUGAUCCCGCAUGUUUCGGACAUGUCAUUUCAGAUGCAAGGCGUCGUAGCGCACUGCGUCCUCAAGAGUGGUGUCGAGCUGCACCCUGAUUUACCAUUAUUACCAAUGCUAGCACCAAACCUGCUAUCAUGUCUGUUGUCAAGUGACCAACUCAGUAUUCUCGAGUUAAACUCCGUGACGUCUGAGCUCGAACUCAUGCGGCUCGCACGCUACCAAAAUAAUGAUAUCACUUUUGCCCUCGAGAGUUUCCUACUGAGCUGCCGUGAAGAGAGUUGUCUGACUCCUCACUCCAUCCCUCUUUUCCUUGCUUAUUUGGCCACUCGUCAUUAUAAUAAAGAGGUAUUCGCUAAAAUCGAAGCUUAUUUGAUGAAGAUGUUCGCGAGCGAAAGCGACCACGGGAUUCAGAUGACGGAACUUGCCCGGAUAAUGUGGGCUUACAGCGCCGUGGCGCACCCCUGCUCCGACGUCUUCAUCAAACAGGUGAUGGCUGAGCUCGCCUCACAAGUGAAGGUGGAGAACAUGAACAAGAAUCUCCUGAAGUUCGUGGACGCGCUCUACUCGAUGGCGGUGAUGGGGCGGGUGGACCUGCAGCUCUGCAGACACGCUUUGCUGCCCAUCAAAGGGAAAGCUCUUUAUUACGGAGGACAUCUACAAGUGAAGUUACUCUCACGGAUCGCCGCUUUGAGGGAAUGCAUCAGUAUCGAGUACCCAGAAGUUGUCCUUCCUCCGAAGACCACACCUCCAGUCACCUCGGUGCCCUUGGACCCCCUCGAGAAGAAAAUGGCAAGACCUUUACUUCUUAAAGUGUACAACGCCCUCGAAGAAACCCUUGCGGACUCUACUUUAUUGACCAUCAAGCAUCAUUGUCCGCUGGAGACCGUCAAACAUUCUGGUGUCUGUCUACAACUCACAGAUCCUUCAAUCGGUACAUUCGUCUCUCAUAGCUCUGUUGUCGAUACUCAAGAUUCAAAUGUAUCAGAAUCCUCUAACAAUAUUGAUCCUAUGCCUCCAUUCGCCCAAAACUCCGAAGGUGGUGGUGAUUUUUAUUCUGAGGUUUCUGAUAGCAAUAACAACAACGCUGUGUGUAGUGGCUCGGAAAUUUCUUACUCUGAAUCUGAGUUAGUAAACCGACUUGUUAAGUCGCUAGUCAGAUGGCGGUGUCCAGUAUCUGUAGAGGUUGUUGACGAAAAUUGUACGAUUAGGGAAGGAAGCCACUUGCUAAGACAUACGGGAAUUUUUAUGUACAAGCUGCGUCUCUUGAGUAAGCUAGGCUGGAAAUGUGUUCUCAUUAGCGGUGAAGCUGUCGCCAAUGCUUCCUCUGUAGCCCAGCUUAUGGAGAUUGUCUUGCAGGAAUUGGAGCGCUAAACAUCUUUUUCCGAUUCAUCAGAAAGUCUUUUAGAUAUUGUGUAUGUUUUCAUGACCUGUUUGAAUUUUGUUAUCAAAACCGUUAUUCAUCUAUCCAUCUAAAUAUUAUGUAGUAAAAAUUAAGAAAUUGUAAAAAAAUUGUUUUUAUCCCGUCUGCUGAAUGAUUUUGCUUUUAAUCAAGUUCAUGAUGUUUUGCCUGCUGUUCCUUUUCAGUUCCUAACGGUUACAAGAUGAUUUUCAAGUUUUAGUUUCCUUGUAUUUUUUUACUGUUAUAACACUCAUUGACAUAUGUUAGGUGUGAAAUUCACUUGAAGGUGUCAGAAUCGUUUAAAUUUAUCUUCAUUAAUUUUUCACGCCACCUACAAUCGUCUCAAAAUGAUCAAUUAAUGAGCGACGAGAGUCUACUCACGCGUGGGGUACUGUCCAUCAUACCGCUGAUAUUUUUUAAUAGUUAUCCGUAUGUAAUAUACCGUAAUUAAAUUUCGUACGCGUAAAAUUAUAUGCUCGUAUACAUUCUUGGAUUUCAUGCUGCUCAUGCGUUUUCUCCUUGUAAUAACGAUUCACUACCAAUCAGGUGAAUGCGGUUCAUUUAUUUAUUAUUUGUUAUGCUAUAAGCGAAUUUAUUGAUCGAACUUACAUAUAAUAACGUAUUUUCAAAUAACAUUAUCAUGGAAAAUAAAUGUAAUAACGUUUUACCUAUUUUUCAAAUUGGUCAUCGCCACCGGCGAAGUUAAUCGAUAAAUAUUAAACCAUUAUAGGACAAAUUAGUUACAGAAAUUUUUAUUCAAUACGUUUUGCGUGUCUCUGAAAAUAGUUCACGAUUUACAGAACAUACUACACAGGCAUGUGUUGCCAAUGCCUAAUUCUUGUAAGACCUACCGGAGCUUAUGGUCGGCUUGUUGCUGCAAUUGGGUUAUGUAAACAUGAUUCCUGUUUGUUCAUUCUGCAGGG